GAUUUAAUACAACUAAAGGAGCGUUAAUUCGUUCUAUGUUGUUCCCAAAGCCAAACGAAUUUAAAUUCUACCGCGACUCUUUCCGUUUUAUUAGAGUAUUGGCUUUGAUAGCUGUUAUCGGUUUCUUUAUAAGCGCAUACAAUUUUAUUCGUAUGGGUAUGAACGUGCAGCUGGUACUUGUACGGGCGUUGGAUUUAAUCACAAUAAUAGUACCUCCUGCGUUACCGACAACAAUGAGUAUUGGGACCAGCUUUGCUAUUCAUAGAUUGAAUAAAGCAGGGAUAUUUUGUAUAAGCCCUCUAAGAGUCAAUAUUGGUGGAAAAAUCAAUGUUAUGUGUUUUGAUAAAACGGGCACUCUUACAGAAGAUGGCUUGGAUGUUCUUGGUGUCAAGUAUAUUGAGCCAGAAACAAAUAAGUUUUCAAAAUUACAUACGAGUGCGGAUGAAUUAAACGCGCUGCAGAAUAAUGGAAGUCCAAUAAACUCAAA